UUGUUUGUCGAUGGUCAAUGUUUGAGUGAUUUGUCGCAAUCGCAAAUGUCAUAGUAUUUUUUGAGCUCAAUAAUAUCAGGAUGGCAGAAAACAGAGAAGAAAUUCUAGCAAAUUUUCAGGGUAUAACAGCCAUAGAAGAUGUUGCUGAAGCUAUUUACCACCUAGAAGAAGCAAAUUGGGACUUGCUUGCAGCCAUAAACCGAGUGAUGCCACAGGACGGGAACAGCUCAGCCGCCAAUGACAAUGACACACACGAUGUUGAGAUGAUAGACGAUGAUAUAUCUGUGAUAACUCCAAAAACUCACCCACCAGACCGGGAAGACGCAAAUCAAGCAUCCACGUCAAUGCAUGCAAAUUUUAAUGCCGUUCCCAAUCCCUUUGUAGAACUACAGGUUCAUUGUAAUAAUAAGAUACAUGAAGUCAAAAUGGCUGGGAGCUCUACUGUUGCUGACUUAAAGAAGGAAUUGGAGAAGAAAUGCGGCGUGCCGGUAUGUCGGCAACAGUUGUCGGGGCUCGGCGGGUCGCGCGCCACCAGUAACGCGACGUUGAUCAGUCUCAACCUACCCCCUAAUGCAGUGCUGCGACUCAAGGCUGCUGAAACACUUAUGGCGGAUGAUGAGGUGGCAGAAAGGUUAACCACGACGUACAUUUUGCACGUAAACGUGGAAGACAAGGAGUAUACGCUCAAGUACCCCGGCACGAAGACAGUGCAGGAAGUCAAGAACGACAUAUACUCGCUCACAGACAUACCCGUUAGGCAUCAGUCAUGGACAGGCUGGCCGGCAGUGCCCGGUCUAGACGAGACAGUGCUGGCUAUGGCGGGGCUGCAACUACCGCAGCACGAGCUCAGCGUGCGACGCGCGCCUGGCAAGAAGGACUAUAAGAGGGUAAAUACGAUAAUAGUGGAGAGUUCAGACAGUGAGAACAGUUCUGUGGAAGAGGUGGAGGACACGACGGAGGGCUACACCGGCGAGGACGAUAUGUUCGUAGACCUCGUGCAGACUGAGCGGUUGCAGCCACUUAUGUCCGACAGUGUAGAGGACGAGGCGUUGGGUUGCAUCGAGUUCGCGCAGCGGUUCCGCACGCGGUACGGUCCCAACACUCCGCAGUUCUUCGAGGGCACCUUGCAGGACGCUAUCAAGGAGUCCUGUCUCAAACCUGCCAAAGAGCGGAAACUCCUAGGCGUGUACUUACAUCAUGAGCAGUCUGUGCUGUCGAACGUGUUCUGUGCACAACUUCUGGGCUGUGAGGCCGUGCUACAGACACUCGCCGCCAACUUCAUCGUGUACGGCUGGGACCUUACACAUCCCGACAAUAAUAAUAUGCUCCUAUCGUCAGUAACAAACGCGCUAGGUCCAGUGGCGAGUAUGACGAUACGCAACCUGCCAUUAGAUCGUAUGCCCGCACUGCUCAUCAUCAUGCGAGUCCGCUCAAAUACUGAGAUAUACUCCGUCAUCAAUGGUAAUGUGGGCGUAUCGGAGUUGCUGGGAGGAUUAGUAGAAGCGUUGGAGCGGUUUAGCUCAGCGCGGGAGGACGAGGCCAGGCUCGAGCGGGAGCGGGACGCCAGGCAACGUGUCAAGCGGGAACAGGACGAGGCGUACCAGAUGAGCUUAGAGGCAGACAGGGCUAAAGAAGAAGUUAAAAAGAAACAAGAAGAAGAAAGAAAUCAAGAGUUAGAACGUGCAGAAUCAGAAAGACAAAUGGAGGAAGCUAAAAAAGAGGCGGAGCGCGCGGAGGCGGCGCUGCGUGUCCCGGCGGAGCCAGCCGGCGCGGCGCCCGACGUGGCGCGCAUCCGCGUGCGCCUGCCGCCGCCGCACGACCACUGUCUCGAGCGACGCUUCCACGCACACGACACGCUCGAGGCGUUAUUAGACUUCCUCGCAUCUAAAGGUUAUCCACAACAAAGCUUUAAGGUCAUCUCCAGUUGGCCUAGGAGAGAUCUUACCCUGGAAUCUCCAAGCAGCACAUUAAAGGCUCUGAAGCUGUAUCCGCAGGAGACAGUAAUGCUGGAGGAGCGGUGAAACUCACCGGCACGCUCCGUCCCACGCAGCCAACACUCACUACGAGACCCGAUAAAUACAACUAUAUAAUCUACUUUCAUAUAGACAGAGGCCAUUUUUCUUCGACAGUAAUAAUCAAAUGAGUAGUGAACUCAGGUACAUAUAAAAAUCUUCUAUAUUCAAUAAAAAUUGAAUUUUUGAGUGACUGUACAUUCUUGUAUGGCGCUAAAGUUCCUAUUACAAAAUCUCGAAUAUUAUCUCGUCUCGUAGUCUCUAUUAUACAACCGCAUUCCUACAAAACAGUAAACAUUUUGAGAUGUCAAAUCAACAACUUAUGUCUUUGGAAUAAAGUCCAAUUUAGCGUGAUUUUAAAGUUUUGUGGAGCUGUUCAAUAUUAUAAGUAAUAGGCAGGAUAUGUUUAAUCAAUGAUCUGAGGGUCAGUGCUUACAUGUUCUAUAUAAAAAUGUCAAAAGAAUUUGAACUUUAUGACAGUAGCCAUACAAUGUAUAAUAUCUGUGCUGACCCUUUAAUUGUCAUGAAAGUUAAUUGAUUCUUAUACGAAUAUGUACAGUAUAUAAUAAUAUAAACUGUCAAUUUUAAUUUGAAAUCAUAAUUUUAGUAUUACUAUAUUUUAUCUAUAAACUAUUAUUAACUGAGGGGCUUUUAUGAAACCUGCAGGCGGUUGACCUCCAUUAUUUUUUAACUAAUUUUAAUCUAUGAUAACAUUGUUUUAUAAAACUUGUCACAUGUGUCGAAAAAGUAAAUGCCUACCUUAUAUUGAAUAGCGGAAGGUUUAAUUUCAAUUUACAGGUAAUUCAGAUGUUAUUGACUCUUACAGCAAAGAUUAUAAGGAAUUCCAGGCAUAUAUAAUUAAAAAAACCUUAAACGGUUGUUUAUUCCUGGCAGCUUGUAAACCAUAAUAAUUAUAAUUUAACUUUUUUACAUUAAUCUAUAUUAUUGCAUUUUUUCUAUAUAUAAAUUACCUAUAUGUAGUCUGAUAUGUAAUAGAAAAAUAAUUAAUAUAUACAACUCUGUUUAAUAACAGUGGGCCCCUCGUAAAAGUAUGUUUAACUCAAAUUACCCGCAUUAUGUAUGUAGCUUUAUACAGCAUUUAGUGAUUGAGUAGUCAGCCGCUGAGCUAGUCGCUCUUCACAACUAUAUAUUUAACUAAACAUGACAUAAUCUAAUAGCAGAGUAAGAAAUAAGAUGCGCGUUGUAACUCCAAAUCAUUGAGAUUGAAAGACUUCAAUAUUGAGUCUUAUUCUAUAACCAAUAGUGUUUGUAUUGCGUUGUGCACCCGCCGCGGACGGAGCUCCUUGCUGCAUCAGCUUUAUAGCGAACAACAGACGUUAUGAACGAACAUUUUUAUUCAGUGCAGCGUUAAAAAUCCUCAUUUAUAUCCAUAUAAAUGAUUAGCUUAAUAUUGUACAUUCAUUGUACAAUGCGACAGUGACUCACUUCGAAAUACAGUAUUGUGACGUCAUUUAUUUGUAAACAUGCAUCACAAUAUUUUGAAAGCCAAAGAGCUGCGUUUAAAUGUUUUUUUUUUAUGUUGCGACGUAACAGUACUGUGUUUGGAACACGGUCUUUUGGUUCUGUGUACUGAUUGAUAUAUUAUGUAAACUUCGUUCGUGCAUUGUGACCGACUGACUACCCCUGGUCGGUUGCAAUGCCGUGUAUUAUAUACUUACAUACAUGAUAAUAGUAUAAAUUAUUAUGCAAGUGGAUAUCCGUACAGAUUUUGGAUGUUUGUAAUUUUUUUCACGAAUCCACUCUCGAGUGUAAUUGUAUUGCGAGGAAGUUAUGUACCCAAAUAAUAAACAGAUGGAAGAUA